AUGCUCCUAUAUUGGCUUCCCAAUUUCAUACCUCAACAGCAUUAUGCAGAGUUGUCUCCGGAAAAUACAGAAUCACAAAAAAAGAGGGACAAACCCCUUACUUACGAAAUGGCUAAUCCACCACAUUAUAUUGCUCACAGAAAAACUUGGAAUUCAUGGAAUACCUCUAACUUAAAAGAUGGAAUCCGUAGAUCAGAAACAGCACUGGAAGAUGAAUUCAUAAGAAGAUUUAUGAAUGGAACCUGGCAUGGACUUGUUUGUAGUGAAAUAAUCAUAAAACGGCAAUUUAAUCAUAUUCGUGUAGCUGCCAUCAUCCGAAGAGCUGUCUCACCAACUAAGAUGUAUUUCUUACUAGGCUAUUCAGAAGAGCUCAUGGCAAACUGGUUACAAUGCCCUGUUACCCUAGAACUCCAGACAGUUGACAGUUUUAAGGAUGUUGUAUUUAAAUAUAUAUAA